GACUCACCCUGCCUCUAGUGUUGGAAUGGGGCUGUUAGGACGGCCAUGAUUUGGCAUGCAAGGAGAUCAGUGUCAGUUUCUGACAAGAGCUCUAUAAUUAGCCAGCAAGGGGACUGGGUGACCCAGUCUUACUGCAACUUAUUGUACAGACACAGUCCUCUGGACCCCAACCUCUUUUACGUGCUGUCGAUUUCUGUUUUUAUUGUUGUGUCGUGUGCCUUGAUACCAUUUGUGCUUCUUAUUGAAGAGUGGCAUCCCCACACCUAUGCUGCUUGGCAAUGAAGUUGUCACCUGUGGCCCACUGAGUAUACAGCUUGCUGAUUAGAGAAGGAGCAAUUAGAAGCCACCAUGUGCCAGUCUGAGGUGUCAGAGGCCAGACUGGGCCUGAACAGUCCUGACCCGCUGGUGAGAGAGGCUUUUCUGAUGGCCCAUGACUACAUAGACUAUGUAACCACAGGGGGGGCCGAUGGCACCAUGGGCCCAGCCCCUACAGCCUGCACUGCAGCCCUGCGCCACGCUGGAGACGAGCUCCUCACUCGCUUCCCCAUUUUCUUCAGACGUUGGCCUCGCGUCUUUCAGGAUGUGAAGGAGAACACAGCCUGCACCAUGCUCAUGAGCAUCCUGGAUGAGCACUUCUUUCCCCCCAUCCCCAGGGGGCAGCACAGAGACCUGGCCUGGAGCGCAGUGCUGUCGGUGUAUGUGCUGGCUGGCCAGAUGGCACUUCAUUGUCAUGAGAGAGGCAUGUUGGUGGUCCUGCCACAGCUGAAGGAGUGUGUGGGGGCUUAUGUGGAGAGGGUCAUCUGCCCUCAGAUACGAGACAAGGGAGGAUGGAGCGGUUUUGUGUCACGCUUUGGAGAGAAGCAGGGCUUGGAGAGUCAAGUGAAGAAAGUGUGCUGUUGGACACUGUUGGCAUUGGCUAUAAGCAUCCUCACCUACUUCUUGUGGAAAAGAAUUACUUAGCCAACUCUGCCACCUAGUGACCACAACAAGAAACUCCCAGAGAGCAAGCAACCAUAUUGGGACAUCAGUAGAUGUAUCCAUAGUAUUCAAGUUGUCCAAUUGCUUGCAAUACAGCACUUAGACUUACCAUGACCUGGGUGACUGAUAACACUAUUCUAUAUCAUUUUAAUUCUGUACACACCCUUUCAUUAAAGAAAUUCACCUUAUCUGAUACCCUGGCCAUGAACAAUGUUAAAACAUGUCUUCUGAUAUGAGCAUAUGUGAACAGUCAUGCACUAGUAUAACUUGUGCACAAAGCCAUUAGUGCAGUAGUUAAUGCUGAUUUGGUACUGAAAUGUAGUCUACACUUCACCUGUAUCAAAUGUAGUUUGGAAUUGGCGCACUAGAAGCAUGACAUGGCAUUUCUGGUUUGCUUUAAAGGCAUUUCUUACGAAAAUGGCACCACAAGGUUUUAAAUGGCUUAUUUCUAGCAAAGAAAAAACAUGCAGCAACACUUUAUGUACAGUGAGUGCAUCAAUUCAAAAGCCCCACUUUCCCAUUACUAUGCAAUUAACUAAGCCCCACUUUCCCAUUACUAUGCAAUUAACUAAUCUCAGAAUGAAAACCAAAGUUACCAAAUAUGCAGAAGAACUUUUAUUAACAUGAAGGCAGACUUCAAAUAUGCAGAAGAAUUAACAUGAACAGCAGACAGAACACUGAAAACUGGAAAGACUUUGAACGUUACAUGUCACGGCAGAGAUUGAACAGCAGAGAUUUGUAGAAAUGG